AAUUUGUAGUGGUACUCUGUGGAUACGUAGGUCCUUAAUCACUUACCAUCACAUUACACAGUCAAAACUAAACACCGAAGUUAAGUAAUAAAUACUCUUAAGGACACUAAAAUUAUGCAAAUAAUAUAUUGAACUGAAGUACUUACUAGUUACGGCCUCUCUUUUGACAUUCUCUACUAAUUAUUGUGACAACCGAAGAAUACGAACAGUUUUUUUGUGCCUCUCGCAUAUUAUAAUUCAACUCUGGGAUAUAUCUUUAUCCAGUAGCUUCAUCAAACAACAAAUCAAAACGUCAUGGUUUUGUAAGGCAUUUUAUAUUUAUACGCAAAUAAUAUUCAACACAUUCCAAUAAAAAAAUAAAGUAUUUGAUACUCAACAUAGUAAAAAUGAAAGAAAAGCGUUCUAAAAAACAUAAGAAAAGCUCUAAGGAAAAACGAUCUAGUGAAUCAAAGAAAAAUAAACAAAAAAGACAUUCUUCAGAUUCCUCAUCAAAUUCUGAGUCAGAUGAGUGGGUUGAGCAGGAAAGAGUGAAAAGUGAGUCUGCUGGUAGAGAUGAAUGGAUGGCUAUGACUGGAAUGCUGAAAACAUAUACCAAGGAUGACAUAAAACCAAAACAAGACAAAACUGAGAAAAUGCACAUUGAUUCAUACAACCCCGCCACAAGCAGUAGAGAAUUAAACCCAUACUGGAAGGAUGGAGGUUCCGGUGUACCACAGUCAUCAGAAAGCCUAUCAAAAAGCAGAAAAUUUAUGAAACCAUCAUAUAAUGAUGAUUAUUAUAACACAUCUAGUUCAUCUAGCAAAAAUACAAGUGGUAGGCAAUACAAGCAGAAUAGAGAUUAUGAAAGAUCUUCCAACUGGAGAAAAGAAACAAUGGAUAAAAGGGAAGAAGAAAGGAAAAAUUACAAUUUACGUGAUGAUAAAAAAGAUAAUUUAAAUUUAGAAAGUGAUCAUAAAGAUAAAAAGUUGCAAAAAGAUAAUGAUAUACAUGACAAAUUAAAGACAAGCAUUGAAACAAAAAAACCCGAUUCUUCAACAAGAGAAAGAAAAGAUUUGUAUCUUUCCGAUGAAAAGAUGAAUAAACUAGCAGCUAAAAUUGUGAAAGCUGAAAUAAUGGGAGACUUGAAACAAGUAGAAGAACUUAAGUCGAAAUUGGAGGCCGCAAGACAGUAUAGGAAAAACAAUCCCAAUGUUGAAAACUUGGAAGACGAUAGAGUUUUAUUAAUGUCUACUACCAGCACUGGAAAUAGUAGACCUUUGACUAACAAUCCUGUUGAUACUAAAGGCAAGGGCAACAAACGAAAGGCCCAAACACAUGAUUCUGAAGGACGACUGAAAUACUUUGGAGAUGAUGAUAAAUAUAACUUAAAACAAAUGUUUGAACAAGAAAAGUAUGGUAAUAAUUACAAUGAAGAUGCAGAGUUGGUCAGAGCUGCUAACAAAAGUAAAAAUCCAAAUGAUGAUUUAGCUGAUAUUUUCUUAGAUAAUAUCACAAAGAAUAAAAACCCAACAAGGAAUAGUGAAAUAGAAAAGCAACAGGCCAUAAACCAGAAUGUUAAGCUCGAAAGAUCUUUAGAAGGUUGUGAAUAUUGUUUCGAUUCUAAAAACAUGUUGAAGCAUCUAAUAGUCAGUUGCGGAAACAAGAUAUACAUGGCAUUACCAUCAAGGACGUCACUUGUCAAGGGCCAUUGUAUUUUAAGUACAAUACAACAUUCAACUUGUGUGACCAAUGUUGAUGAAGAUGUAUGGGAUGAAAUAUUAUAUUACAGAAAAAUGAUUACCCAAUACUAUAAUUCUCAAGAUCAGGACGUAGUAUUCUAUGAAACUGCAACAAGAUUACAUAGAUUUCCACAUUUAGUAAUUAAUUGUGUGCCGAUGCCGCGAGACGUUGGAGACACAGCAUCCAUAUAUUUCAAAAAAGCACUUUUAGAAUGUGAAGCAGAAUGGUCUAUGAAUAAAAAGGUUGUGGAACUAAAGGGAAAGAAUAUACGAAGAGGAGUUCCUAAAGGAUUGCCUUAUUUUUGGGUUGACUUUGGCAUGGAUCCUGGUUUUGCCCAUGUAAUAGAAGACCAACAAUUAUUUCCCAAAUCCUUUGCUGAGGAAAUUAUUGGUGGCAUGUUAGAUCUGGAUCACACCCUUUGGAAGAAUCCCAAAAAGGAAUAUGGAGAUAUUCAAAGAAAGAAGGUUAUAGAAUUUGUAAACAAAUGGAAACCUUUUGAACAAAAUUUUAAAGAUAACAGUUAAGAAUAGAUUACAUAUCAUCUUAAAAAAUUAUGAAUUUAAGAACAACUUUUAUUUUAUUAGUGUUUUCUAGCAUAAUAGUUAAAAUAACAAUGACUUAAAAAGAAAAAAUGUAUAAUUAAAAAGUUUUUAUUUA